GAACGCAGAGGCUGUGAACAGAAGAGAUCUAACGUUUAGCGCAGCCACUCAUUAGGAUAGGGACACAUUCAACUGCGAAGAUCUUCGGUUAGGAACAUAUCUAAAGGCAAAUGUUAACUUUUGGAUAAUAACGUUUGCUAGACUGUCUAGCGUUUCAGGAGCUGGCUUUCAGCUGACUUACUGGUGUUCUGCGGUGGAAAUAGCAAAAAUGUCGUCUCCAAGUCCGGGUAAAAGGCGAAUGGAUACCGAUGUGGUGAAACUCAUUGAGAGCAAGCAUGAGGUCACCAUCCUCAGUGGGCUUAAUGAAUUUGUAGUGAAGUUUUUUGGACCACAAGGAACACCGUAUGAGGGAGGUGUGUGGAAAGUGCGAGUAGAUCUUCCUGAUAAAUAUCCAUUCAAAUCGCCAUCAAUAGGAUUCAUGAACAAGAUUUUUCAUCCCAACAUUGAUGAAGCGUCAGGGACAGUGUGCUUAGAUGUCAUCAACCAGACAUGGACAGCCCUUUAUGAUCUGACCAACAUCUUUGAGUCGUUCCUGCCCCAGCUGCUGGCGUACCCAAACCCUAUUGAUCCCCUGAACGGUGAUGCAGCUGCCAUGUACCUUCAUCGGCCAGAGGAGUACAAGCAGAAAAUUAAAGAGUACAUCCAGAAAUAUGCAACAGAGGAGGCGCUGAAGGAGCAGGAAGAUGGGGCAGGCGACUCUUCAUCUGAAAGCUCCAUGUCUGAUUUCUCAGAAGAUGAAGCCCAGGACAUGGAGUUGUAGUAAUAGGAGGGCUCCCCCAUCCCGACCCCUCCUUUAACCCCCACAGAGACUAUAUUUGAUUUCCUCACCAUGAGAAAGCAGACUUAUAAUAUUCAUAUUUAAACAAGUUGAUUUUUUUAUUAUUACUACUAAACAAGGAUUUUUAUGGAUAUCUAGCCUUCGGUGUGUUUGACAGACACCCCUCCUACUCUGUAGCUGUUGAUCCCCACACAGAUGUCGUAGCGACUGCGUUCACCUUCUGCGCCGGUUAUCUCUGCAUUUGUUUGAUGUCAGAAAUUCCCAUGAGCGUCUAAUUUCUUGCCUCAGAUUUUAUUUUCUAACAUAGCACGCUGUAGUUGGACAUGAAUCCUAUUUUCUUCUAUUUUCUCAGCGCUAAGUGACUCUGACCAACAUUCUGGUAGUUGCUCCACCACAGAGCUGCUUAGGUCUUGUUUUCCCAACAUAAUUACAGCGCUACCCUCUAGAUAAGACAGUAUUUUAAAGCAGAACUUGGUAAACUUGAGAUACAGGAUGGUAUUUGUUUGUAAAUUUACUCCUCUUCCUCUCUGCUGUGCUUCAGCUUUGUCUAGAAAAGCCACUGUCAUGUAUAUACAGUCUAUAGGACACUGAUCAGAAACUCCUAGCUGUGAUUGGUUGUUUCCACUCAGUCACAGUGGGUUUUUGCCAAUCGCCUUAGAAGCACCAUGAUGAGCCAGAGGAACUCCCUUCCCACCCUCCUUUUUUAUUUUCUUUUUUAUUUUGUCACAACAGCCCUGCUAGUGCAUAGUGGCAGUUCCAGCUGCACAUAGCAUCUUUUAUUCAUGUUAAAGUUUUGAUUUAAAGCACACAGUUGCGCACAAGCUGUCUUAGCUCACCUCAAGUGGAUUAUGGUGACUCACAAAUGAACCCAUACUAUUUGCUAAACACAUCUGUCAAAGUAUUGAGACACAUUUUAUGAAAAAAUUAGGCUUUAUUUCUCAUUCUCUGAUAACUGAUGGCUGAUGACUUUUUUUUAUGAAGACAGAAGUGGCUCUACCAUAAGGUUUCUGGUCAGAUUCAUUUGGUGCUCUCUGAACUGAGUGAGAGACCAAGCCGAAACCAUCUGACCAUAUUAAAUUAAUGAUUAAUGUUGGGAGGCACUAAAUAUCCUCAUUGUUCAUGUUGCCACUAUAUUUAUAAUCACAUCUCUUU